AUGACGAUCUUCGCUCCAUCUGGUCCUCUCCAGCUGGAGGUACGGGCUUUGCAGUUCGGGAUACUCAGUCCCGAGGAAAUUAAAGCUAUGUCCGUCACCUCGGACGGCGGAAUUAAGUAUGCUGAGACCAUGGAGGGGGGGGAGCCGAAACUUGGUGGCCUCAUGGACCCUAGGCAAGGAUGCGUGGACCGGAGCUCAAUAUGUCAAACUUGCAGUGGAAACGUAUCUAGUUGUCCGAGGCAUUUCGGCCAUAUCGAGCUGGCUAAACCUGUAUUCCACAUCGGAUUCAUCAAGAAAACCCAGAAACUUCUCGGGUGUGUCUGCUUUCAUUGUUCAAAGAUUUUGGUCGACGUCCAUUCAUCGAACAUUCAAGAGAUACUAAGGAAAACCAAGGGUGACAAUAGACGGAGAAUACUAUUCAUGUAUGAAGAGUGCAAGAAUCGUUCCGAGUGUCUAUCCGUUGAUGAUGAAAACGAGUGCGAGCCUGACCCUCUGGAACCCAGCACCAAACGUAUUGGUUGCGGGCGAUAUCAACCGCGUUUUCGUCGCAACGGCCUAGAAAUGACUGCGGAGUGGAAGAAGAUUAACGAGGAAUCACAGGAGCGCAAAAUCUCGCUGACCGCCGAAAGAGUUCUUGAAGUGUUCAGGCGCAUCUCCGACGACGAUUGUAUCGCGCUGGGAUUCGACCCCCGCUACGCUCGUCCUGACUAG